AGCUGGACCGAUCUAGUUCAGUAUUUUUGCAGUCUUAUUCAAAGGAGAGUUCUCCGCAACAAUAUGAAGUGACAUCUACAUAUCAAAACGGAUUUAUUAAGAAAGGAUAUAAACAGUCUUUAUUGAGUUCAAAGCAUGAAAAUUUGUUAGAUGACAACCAGAAAUUUCCAGUAAAUAAAGCAAGCAAUUCUAAAAAGUGGGUAUCUCAACAAUUUCUGCAUGAUGUUACUGAUCAAAAUGAACUUAUUUUACGCAGAGUUAGAGGAAUAUUGAAUAAGUUAACACCAGAAAAAUUUGACAAGUUGAGUCAGGACUUGGUACAUAUUGGAAUUACUAAUAAAACUGUUCUGAACAAUAUUAUUAUUUUAAUAUUUGAAAAAGCUAUAGAUGAACAAAAUUAUUCAAGCCUUUAUGCAAGACUUUGUCAGAAAAUUAAUAAUGAAUUACCUAAUUUUGAUGACCCACCUACUAAAACCAAUACUUUUUUACGUCUUUUACUUAACCGAUGUCAAGAAGAAUUUGAAACAAGGUCAAAAGCCUCUUCUGCUUUCGAUAAGCACGAACAGCUCACAGCUGAUGAGAAACAUGAAAAGACCAAAGCAAAAAGAAAGAUGCUGGGAAAUAUUAGAUUCAUUGGAGAGCUCGGAAAGUUGGAAUUGGUGCAAGAAGCCAUCUUGCAUAAAUGUAUUCAACAGUGUCUUGCUAAGAAAAAAAAGACAUCAUUGUCUGAUAUGGCAGAAGAUAUUGAAUGCUUGUGUCAAAUAAUGAGUACUAUUGGACAGAGAUUAGAUACAGAAAAGGCGCAAAACAUAAUGAAUCAGUACUUUGAGAGAAUUUAUAUGCUGUCCCAGUCUGAUGAACUUCCAUCUAGAAUCCGGUUUAUGUUGAAGGAUGUGAUUGAUCUUAGGAAUCGUCAGUGGCAGCCUAGACGCAUUGAUAAAGAUGGUGUUCCUCGAUCAGUAUCACAGAUGAGAUGGGAAGUGAUGGGAUCAGUACAACCUCAAUACCCCUACUAUCCAGGAUUAUAUGGAAAUGGAAUGGUUCCUCAACCAUUUUUCAGUAAGGAUGGUGAAGUAAUGCCUUGGAUGAAUGAUCCUAUGUUUAUCAGUGGUAUGUCAGCUUUACAGUUAAACUCUGUUCAACAUCAAGAGUUAACUGAUGACAACAAAGAUAUUUUUGGAAAACCUGUUUACAAAGCUCCCACAGUUAACAAAAGUAAAGAAUCUGCAAAAGAAACUAUAAAAGCUGAUCUUUUUGAACCACAUUACAUGAAAUCUAAAAAGUUGAAUACAGCUAAUACAUUAGCGACUUCACAACAUGACCAUCAUAAAAGUAAAAUUGUUUCAAGUGACGAGAAGCAACAUAAUCAGAGUAAUAUUGUUAAUCGCAGUAAUCCUUGGAAUGUUGAUCCAUUCGUUCCUCAUUACAACAAGCCUGCAGUAUUUCCUGUGAAAGAUGAUGUAAUCAAUACCAAGUCUACUGUUAUUCCCAAUACAUCACAUGAUCUUCCUCGUGCACCUGCAAACAAAACAACUCCAAAAAAAGUUGUCGGCGAGAUUAGUUUGCGUCCAUCUUUUCUUACAAAAAAAGAUGAAAAAGCUGUUUCCUUGGAAACUGAAGAUGCAUCUGCAAAGAGAUCACAGUUUACAAAUUUAACAAUAAAUGAUAAAACAAACAAGUUGAAAAAGACUGGUCUUACCAAAAUAGAUUUUGAUGCAAAACUUUUAUCUAUGAUGGAGACAUACCAAUCUAACAAAAAUAUAGAGCUACUUUGCAAUGAUGUUCAAUCAUUGGCCACCAAUAUGAAAUACCUGAAAAUGGUUGUAAAGCAGUUGCUUUAUUUCCCUUGUACUCAUGAGGAAUUUGAUUGGCAAAUUGUUUGUGAAGCAAUUUUGGAAUGUCAACACAAAUCAAUAAUUUCUGCAGACACUCUAAAUAAUAUGUUUUUUCAAAUGUUUGAUGACUCAAAGUUGAUGGAAACAGCAUUGGGAAAAGAAUAUGUUUCUAAUCUUUCAUCAUUUUUUAUUAUAAAUGAGUUAUUGAAGGUCAAAAAAUAUAUGGAAUAUUUUCAUGAUGGAAAGCAUUUUCCUAUGCCAUUAUUAUGCUUAUCUCGUGUUUAUGAAAUGAAAGGAAAGGAGUUUGCAGAGAAUUUAAUCAGAAGCUCAGGAAUUGAUUUAAAAGCAGUGUUUCCUAAAGAACUCAAGUCCGAUGAUUAUAUAAUGAAAAUUGCUCGUGAAAAGGGAUUGACAUUUCUAUUUCCUCACUUAUGUCGCAAAGAAGAACUGCUAAAAAUGAUGUUUGAAAAUGUGUCAGAAGAGUUGAUUGAUACUUGGAUAAAGGAAAACCUUGAAGGUCAAGUUGAAAAAAAGCUGCUUGUUCAUGUAAUAGUAACCUGUUCGGUUACAAUGGCAACUUUAGAUACAUUGUCUAAAGUUGAUGUAAGUCUUAAGCCAGAAAAGGAGUACAUUGAAAAAGAGAGAGAGGAGAUGUUAAAAAUGAAAAAUAUACUUAAAAGAUAUUUGAAUACAGAUACAAAUUCACAACUGGAAGCUUUGUAUGCUGUGCAGAUAUUUUGCUAUGAAAAAGAAUUUCCAAAAGAUAUGUUAAUUCGUUUAUUUAUAAUUCUGUACAAUGAAGAAUUGGUUGACGAAGAAACAUUUUUGAAAUGGAGAGAAGAUAUUAACGAUGUGUAUCCAGGAAAAGGAAAAUCUUUAUUUCAAGUUAUUUUAAAAAUGACAAAAGAAGACAUAAGAGAAGAAAUUAUGCACAUUUAUAUGUGGAAAAUCCCAAUAAUAGCUACAAUUCGAUAA